AAUACCGAGCAACCAAUAUUUGAAACAAACUCAUACUGUCGUUUAAGCAACUAUACACUGUAAAACUCACCGACAACAUAUACGAAAGUUUGAAAAGUGCUUUACCGGUAGUGAGGCAAAGAAUGUAAUGUUCAAGUUGUUAGUUCAUUGUGAAAGUUCAACAGAAAACGCUACAAGACAAAAGACGAUGAAACUGCUACAAAAGUUUCUGGAUAAUCACAUCAUAGAAGAUGUUUAUGGAAAAUGGCUCGGAGAAACAUUCACAGCUUCAAGCAAAUUGUACAGAUUUUCUUAUGGAAUGAAAUCGAAUAUACUCAACGAAAAGUGUCUUAUUCGAAUGACGGACUUAAAAACCUCUGACCCCCGUAGCGGAAACCGCACUGUUCGAUCAACAUUACGUUCUUCACAGGGAAAUACACCAAAGAUCAAACCAAUUUUAUUGUUGCUCAAAGAUAUACCAAGUCCUCACAAUGACCACCGGGUUUUGAAGAAGAAGGAUGAAAAAGAUCGGUAUCUAGCUCACCACCCAACCCACCUUCGAGAAAACUUUUCAACUUUUUCGACAGUCAAACGACAAUCUGAAUUGAUGUCAAGCCCAACUUUCAUCAAAUUUGCUUCCACGGAUUCAAGCGCAACAAACCCGGACAAAAGACUAAGAGCAUUGUAGUCUGUCACAAUUUUUAUUUCAUUGUUUUUCUAUUAUGACAA